AUGGACUCCUGGGUACGACCAAUCCGGUCGUUUUUGUUGCCUACCAGCCGCCGAGGUGGCCGAACGCGAAGAAGCGGGCGCCUUCACGCAGCGAGAGAAGCGAGGCUUCGCGUGGGACCGAGGUACCCGGGACGAAACCUCCACUCAGCCCCCAACCUGCCGGAUGUACAAGCCCUUUGCGGACCACAACAAGCCUAUCGCGCUGGAGUCAACGAAGCCACGUCGCCCUCAGCCGGCAUACAAACCGAGUCAGCGCGCUUGGGCCAAGCCCGUUUCGGAAACGCCGGUGCCCCGUGGCGGGCCAGGGUUUGA